AGGACACUCUACCCCUCCAGUCUUUGCCCCCACCCAGGCCUCGGGUUUGGGAAAGCGUUUCUAGGAGACGGCGCCUGCCGGUUGCGCCUGCGCGGUUGACGCUGCCAGGGGGCGGGCGGACGGGCCGCGGGGCUGGGCGGCUGGUAGUUCCUGCUGGCCCUGGGUCCUUGGGUCCGCCCGGCUCUCUCGCUCCAUGGUACGCUUGUGAGUGGCGCUGCCGGCGGACGUCUGCUCGGGAUGGAGCACAUCCGUACGACCAAGGUUGAGCAAGUGAAAUUACUUGACCGAUUCAGUACCAACAACAAGUCACUAACAGGAACACUCUAUCUUACAGCCACACAUCUAUUAUUUAUAGACUCUCAUCAGAAAGAAACCUGGAUAUUGCACCACCAUAUUGCCUUAGUAGAGAAACUAGCUUUGACUACUUCUGGAUGCCCACUUGUGAUUCAGUGCAAGAACUUCAGGAUUGUGCAUUUCAUUGUUCCCAGAGAAAGAGAUUGCCAUGAUAUUUACAAUUCUUUACUACAACUAUCAAAACAAGCAAAAUACGAAGAUCUCUAUGCAUUCUCUUACAAUCCCAAACAAAAUGAUUCGAAACGACUACAAGGUUGGGAGCUCAUUGAUCUUGCUGAGGAAUAUAAGAGGAUGGGAGUGCCAAAUUCAAACUGGCAGCUGUCUGAUGCCAACCGAGAAUACAAGAUUUGUGAAACUUAUCCCAGAGAACUUUAUGUUCCCCGAAUAGCAAGCAAACCAAUAAUUGUUGGUAGUUCCAAAUUCCGGAGCAAGGGAAGAUUCCCAGUUCUUUCCUAUUAUCAUCACAAUAAAGAGGCUGCCAUUUGUCGAUGUAGUCAACCACUAUCAGGAUUCAGUGCCAGGUGCCUGGAGGAUGAACAUUUGCUUCAAGCCAUUAGUAAAGCCAAUCCAGUCAAUCGCUAUAUGUAUGUCAUGGAUACCAGGCCCAAACAUCGAAUGCAGAGCUGGUGGGCUACACAAAAGGACAUUGGCAGAAUUAUAGUGAGGAUUUCUUCAAAAAUCUGGAAUGAUGAGAAAAUAAGAGAAAUCGAUGAGAAAAAGCGACUGAAUGCAAUGGCCAACAGAGCAGCUGGAAAAGGUUAUGAAAAUGAAGACAACUAUUCUAACAUAAGAUUUCAGUUUGUUGGAAUUGAAAAUAUUCAUGUCAUGCGGUCCAGCCUUCAAAAAUUAUUGGAAGUCAAUGGUACCAAAGGGCUUUCUGUCAGUGAUUUCUACUCUGGUUUGGAGAGCUCAGGAUGGCUUCGCCAUAUCAAAGCUGUUAUGGACGCUGCAAUCUUCUUAGCCAAAGCAAUAAUGGUUGAAAAUGCAAGUGUGUUGGUACAUUGUUCUGAUGGUUGGGAUAGGACUUCCCAGGUUUGUUCCCUUGGCUCUCUUUUACUGGAUUCCUACUACAGAACAAUCAAAGGAUUCAUGGUUUUAAUAGAAAAGGAUUGGAUCUCUUUUGGACAUAAGUUUUCAGAGAGGUGUGGCCAUUUGGAUGGUGACCCAAAGGAAGUCUCACCAGUGUUUACUCAGUUCUUGGAGUGUGUGUGGCAUUUGACCGAACAGUUCCCACAAGCCUUUGAAUUCAAUGAAGAGUUUCUUCUUCAGAUCCAUGAACAUAUUCAUUCAUGCCAGUUUGGAAACUUCCUUGGAAAUUGUCAGAAGGAAAGAGAAGAGCUCAAGUUAAAGGAAAAGACUUACUCCCUGUGGCCAUUUCUCCUGGAUGACCAAAAGAAGUACUUAAAUCCUCUCUACAGUUCUAAAUCUCCGAAAUUUUCAGUUUUGGAGCCAAAUACAGUAUCUUUCAAUUUUAAGUUUUGGAGAAACAUGUACCACCAAUUUGAUCGAACAUUGCAUCCUAGACAGUCCGUGUUUAAUAUAAUUAUGGAUAUGGAUGAGCAAAAUAAACAGUUAGAGAAAGACAUUAAAGACUUAGAAUCUAAAAUUAAGCAAUGUAAAAAGAAGCAAACAGAUGGAAUUCUCACCAAGGAGUUACUGCAUUCAGUUCAUCCUGAAUCACCUACCCUCAAAACUUCCUUGUGUUUCAAGGAGCAAACUCUGUUGCCUGUGAAUCACGCUCUUCGAACUAUAGAGGGCAGCAACCCAGCAGAUAAUCGUUACAGGGAAUAUGCUGAAGAGUUCUCCAAGUCGGAACCUGGUGUGGUUAGCUUGGAAUAUGGUGUGGCCAGAAUGACCUGUUAGAUCCGCAGAGUAUUUUCUGGACUGACUGUAAUGCAAGACGUGGAUUCUUGUGAGAAUGAUCUGUGCACGUGACCAAAAGGAAUUUGUCUUAGAGCUUUAUAGUUGAAGAAAGGAUAAUAACUGCUCUUGUGAGAGAAAUAAGUCAGUUUAAUUGCAUUUCCAGCAGAGAAUGACUUUCAGUUCUUUAAGAAAUGAGUGGUGGCGGCGGAUUCAUUCAAAACACAAUUUGCACUAUAUACUAGUGAAUUGACAUUUCUGUAUGAUUUAUAUGUUAAAAUUACAGCCAAACAUGAAUAGCCUUCCUUAACUAUAAUUGUCAGGAAACGAAACUCGACAAAAUUCUCCAUUACUUAAUAAUUGACAUGGCAUGUACUUUUGAUUAUAUAACUCUGUAACUAUGGGUAUUUACAUAUUUUGCCUAUUAGUAAUGUUAACGUUGAAGUGCCAUGAAAAAUACUUUAAGAAAGCCUUAAAAUCUCGGUUUAUUCUUUACCCUUAAGUUUUAUAGCUAAGAGCAGGUUUUGGUUUUUUGGGUUUUUUUCUUUUGGUUAAUUUGGAAAGAAUUGCAAUGUCGUUACUACGGGGGCUGCAUGCUACAACACUCCUGUGGAAACAGAUGUGCACGUACAUUGUUAAGUUCAUGGUCAGCUGCUCCCACGUCCAUAUUCAAAAUUAACGAAACUGAAGGUUUUAUUCUGAUUACAGUUUAUGCAGUACUACCUUUGAUAACAUUAUUUACAACUUAGAUUAUUGAUAUCUUGAAUAUGUAUAAACAUAUUUGAGUAUCUUUUAUGUAUGGAUUACUGCAUCCUUUUAAUUCUUACUUGGUGGCUUCAGUUGGCUUUAUUCUUUGGAUAACUGUGUAACUUUAAAAAGCUAAGGCUCUAAAACUGUUCUUAGAUGAAAUGAAGAAUGUGUGUGUAUACACACACACAUACUGUUUUAUCUUUCAGUGAGUUGCUCUUCCUAGAACAAACUCCGUUCCCCCCAAAUUUGGGGGUUAAAAAAGGGAAGUACUGAUAGUUUAGAUUUUGCUUGGUUGCAUGAAUUUUAAAGCAGCUAUUUCUAUGUGGAACAUUUUUUUUUCUCCGUUAACAUAGGAAUAAAAAAGGAAAAUUAAGAAUAGCCUAGUACAAAGUUAAUGUUUAGCAAAAACAACUUAAAUGCUAGGAAAAGUUUCAUUUUGCCAUGUUAAAUUAACUGUUCUGUGUGCUAGUAACAUAUCUUUAAAUGACCAAAAAAAUAAUAAUAAUAAGGCAAAAAAAACCCCAAAAAACAACAAUUCACAUGCAAUUGAUGGUAUCACCCAGCUGGCUUUAAAAUUGAAGGUUUAAGUAACAUGACUGGCAAGAGGUAUGAUUCAGGAGUAGUAGGAAACCUGGGUAGAAUCCCUAAUGCUUCUCUUUACUGUACUUCUAUCUAUUAUAUUAGUUUUGAGCAUAAAUAUCUUUUUCAAAUGGAAAAAAAGCUUUAUUGUAUGAGAACUUAACUAAUCUGUUUAUUUUUCCAAUGCUUUUGUGUAAUGUAUUAUGUAAUAAGAAAAAUACUUCUUUUUAAACAGUAACAGAAAUGUACCAUAAAAUAUAGUUUGUGAUUUAGCCAAGCCUAUUUCCAUACUUAAGCACUGGGACAGGAAUCUUAAUCUUUGUGACCACAAAGGGAAACUUUUGUGCCUUGUUACUUGGUUCUAGUUACUGAUUAUGGUUUUAGAAUCUUCCAUGGCAGACUUCUUAUAUUCAAGUGUUCUUUUGUUGUUGUUUAGUAUCUUCAACUUCAGGCAUAUACAUGUGUGUUUAUGUGCUCACACAUGGACUGAGAAGUCAGUUAACAUCUUAAGUGACCUACGGGGUAUAUGUUGGCAAAAAGCAGAUUAUGUAUAUGUCUUAGAAAAAUUUACAUUCAGUGUAUUUGGGAAUGUAUAGCAUGUAAAUUAUUACAUAUUAUUUAAAGGUAAUUAAAUGUUCAUAUUUUA